AGUGAUACCUUGUGUAUCGUCAGAGCAACGUUGGGACAUACGCUGCUCUGCGGGACUCCCAUACCUCGUCGUAAACCAUUGUAGACCAAGUUCAGUUUGAUAUUUUUCAUUCAAGUUAUGUAGCCGUGUCUUUGAAAGCCAUGUGGAAGUUGAAGGGUGCUCUCUUAAUUUCUGGAGUGCUUUUCCUAGUCACUCCUUCCUGGACGAUGGUCUUCUCUCCUGAUUUGUGCAAUAAGAAACCACUUUGUUACCAUAACCAAUCGCUCCUGUGUGAAAGCCAGAUGAAACCACUCUCCUGCAAUCACAUGCUCAGACAUGAAAAUGAGGGGAGCUGCAAAGUCAUGCGCAUCGAUCCUAAAGAAUGCUUCAUCGAUAGGGCCAGCCUCACACCUCCUGACAAACUGCCCUUCAUUUUACGAAUGUAUUUUUACAACACGUGGAUGGAGUCACGAGCUGCCAUGAACUUAUCUUUUGUUACACCUAAUUGGCAAACCCUGAAGUUCCGCUACAAGAGACGUGACAACACUGAGUCUUUGUGCCGCACUUUCUUGCUGUCCAAUGUGAGCCUUCCCCUGGUGGACACCCUGAUGUGGGACUGCGUCUUCUUCAACAACUUUGGUUAUUCCAACCACACCUAUGACUUGUCCAUUAUCACAGACCAAGGGACAGGGGGUAACUUUGGCUUCAGGGUGCCAAAGAAGGAGAAUUUUGAUCGUCAUAACACCAAGCUUGAGGAUUGGCAUGUGUUUUUCUUCUUGCACCUUGACCAUAUCCAACGUUCCCCGUACUUGCCUGUGACUAUACAAUCCGCACCUUUCAAGAAACUCUCCUACAAUGUCUCACUUGUGAAGUGUCUGGACGCAGACCUGCAAUGUCUCCGUCGAAGCAUACUUGUCUCACGUGUUGUAGGAGAGCCAGAAACAGCCAACUGGACCGAUGAUAUUCCCCCACUUUGGAAUGAGCUGCUGCCAUCUUGGGGAGCUCCAGCUUACUAUGCAGUCACUGUGCAAAUCGUCUCCUCCUUAUGUCCAUCCACUGGCUGUUACAUUUCACUCUCGCCUGUCUUUGAGGUGAAGGAAAGCCAGCUGGGAAUGUGGAUUUUUAUCAGCUGUAUGUUCAUCCUUAUAUUUGCCUUUGCUUUCACCUUCACUCUCCAUCACCGCACCAAAGAAAACAAAAAGCUGUUGGAGACCUUGAAACAGAACCUGCCCAGUGUACUACUGAUUUACUUACCGGAGAACAGUGCUUGUUUGGAAUUAGUGAAGACUUUCGCUGGAUUUCUGAAGGACUCGUGUUAUGCUCAGCCAUAUAUUGUAGACACUGAUGUGGGGACUGAGAACCCCAAUAAUUGGACAAGUGAACAAAUGAACAAGGCCAGCAAAAUCCUGUUCAUUGUGCCCGGCAACCUGAAUGGAGAGAGUGCAACUCCCAUCCGGGGCCAGUGGACUUUUGCCCUGCGCUAUCUGACAGGACAUUACUUCAUCACUCAUCACGUCACAAAGAAAGUUGCCACUGUGCUCUUACCUUUUAGUGCUGACGUGCCUUGCCAGAUAGCAAGUAUUCGCAGGUUUGACCUGCUACAAGAAAUGGCCUCCCUAGUUACAUGGAUCCAUGAUGGGACAUGGCUGGAUCGCAAACUCUUCUGGGGCCCCCAGAUCAGGGCGUCACACAGAGCCUCCUCCUCCCUGGCAGACGUGAACAGCGCUGUACGGAAAGCGGCCCAGUGCACCAAGUGUUAUCGCAAGCCAGCUCUCCCUGCCACUGUUGAAAAGAAGAGCAGUGAUGCUGUUGGUGUCAAGAUGCCAGAGGAGGAGAAGAAUGUCCUUCUGAACUACCAGCUGAGUACUGCCAGUGAGAAGGAGAAGUUUGCGACCAAAGAUGUGCCGGAUAGGAGCCUUGUCCAAGGAGAGGAGAGUGGUUGUACUUUCGAUCUAGAUAUCCCUGAUGUUGAUACAGUGCUGGGAUUUGAGGAGAAGCCAAAGAUGUCAGAGAAAACUUAUAAUUUCUUGGAUUCUGAUUUGGACGAACUUGAUGAUGAUAUUUUCUUGGGGAGGGCAAAGUAGGAUGGAAGGGAUUCUCAGGCAUGAUGAUCAUUAGUCAUUUUUAUAUUAUGAAUAUUAUUUCUAAGAAUAAUUACAGAUAUCAUUAUCUAUAUACCAGUCUAUCUAUCUAUCUAUAUCUGUCUCUAUCUAUAUCUAUAUAUGUAUCUAUGUAUCUAUAU